CCAUUAUACGCAGGCAACCUGCAACACGCUCCGGUUGUCAUGUGGAAAUUAAAACGUCUUUCGUUCACACACACGAAUACCGGUCGGACCGGUUACUUUAUAAAUAGCUGACAGGAAAACGUCGCUGCGGUCCGCUCCGUCACGGGUACAUAUUUACACGAAACCAUAUCAAAGCUGCUGCACGCUGCGCCAGUUUAGCGGAAAGUGAUCGUGGGUGGGGAUAACAUGCUUCGGCCGGAGUCGUAGAUCCUCAAGCCAGUACCGAACAAGAUGGCCGACUGGUCGGCAGACGUGGGACUGGAGAACGGUUACCAUGGCGAUUCCUUACACAGCAGACAGAGUUCUAUGAGCAGCGACAAGUCUAGUCUGUCCAGACACAACCAAAACGGCGGACACGGGGUCCUGCUGUUCGGCGGACACCUGCUGGGGGAAGAGAGUGGGACGGAGCAGACGACAGUCUCAAACGGAUUUAGAGCGAACGGCAAAUCUGUUCCGAGUAUUCCACCCAGAGAGUCGAUGAACAAGAUGAAGCAAGCACCAAGUCCUCCUUCUAUAACAGUCACAGACGAUGAUUCGCUCCCUGAGCAGGAGAUCGAGAUACCAAAAGACGGCUGCCUGUUCAACUUCACGGCAGACGAGAUGUCUAUCUUCUUCCGCCAUCUACGCGUCAGCGAACGGCUGGUGAAACACCUGCACAAGAAAAACGUCGACGGGAAGAGGUUUUCCAGGUUCAAGGACACGGAGCUUGACACAUUGGGCAUGCGCAACCCUGUCGUGACGUACUUUCGCGAUAGGAGUGUCAAGAAGAGCAAACCAAAGUCCGCCUUCAUUUUAUGAUUGCGAUGCUGGCAGUUGACAUUUUACUGGGAUUUGCGUAUUAGCAACUGAUCAUACAGUUAUACAUUUACCAAAGCGUUAUGCGUCAUCACAAACGUGGUCGUCAUAGUGCCGUUGUGCUGACUGUUAACUGAAAUUGUCUUAUUAGCAACUGCAUGUAUUGACUUACAUGGAAGAAAAUACAGUUACAAAGUACCAUAAGAUGGUCUCCGUAUUGUGUUGGCAAUUAAGAGUUGUGAUUCGAACUUUGCUCGUUGCCCGCUACUUCCCUGGCUCAGUAAAAAUGAAGCAUAACAAAAGAUUACAACAAUGGCCUUCAUAUCGCUGUUGUUCUCACUGUAUGAACAGUUUCACAUUUCCUAAUGGAGAACCCCUUCUGGCUUCCAAGAAAAGAGCUUCAAGAAAGCAAAUUGAAAGAUGGCCUUCGUAUAGUGACUGUGAUGGGAACACGUAUUAACUAAAGAGUAACUUCACAUACUGAUUCAUGGAGUCUACACAUUGUCUAUCCAUGGAGUCUACACAUUAAGUAUAUGCAUGGAGUCUACACAUUGUCUAUCCAUGGAGUCUACACAUUAAGUCUAUCCAUGGAGUCUACACAUUGUGUCUAUCUACGAAUUCUACACAUUAAGUAUAUGCAUGAAGUCUACACAUUGUCUAUCCAUGGAGUAUACACAUUGUCUAUCCAUGGAGUCUACACAUUAAGUCUAUCCAUGAAGUCUACACAUUGUCUAUCCACGAAGUCUCACUAAAGACUUCGCCUCCCCUAGAAGUUGUGCUCCCCUACUCCAGAUAUCGUUCCCAUUGGCCUUGGUACGUUUCUACAAACAAAUACAUUAAAUCCACCGCCACUUUUUACACUUUCAAAUAUCAAAUGUCCUUAUGGCAGAUGUGUUCACGUUUUGUUUUGUGUGCGCUUCCUUCACUGCUUAUAUUUUAAACCCACAUGUACACUAGUCCAUGACCCCGCUCAUCAUGACCCACCCCCUCCAAAGACUGUCGAUACUGCUCAGCAUUCUGUAUAUCACUCACCAACAUAUUUAUUUCACUACCUCAUAAUAACCUCGUAAUGGCUGUUACGUGCUAAUUAACCAGAAGGUGUUUUUUUUAUUCUUGGCCCAAGUAUUGGCAUACUAUUGGUUAUAUUAACCUGUGUGUUGAUACUAAGACACAUGCUGAAAUAACUAACACGUAAUGUAACAAUGACUUAGGACAACACGACUUGCAUAGUUAGGUUGAUUUAACAUGGUAACAUAACACAACACACACACACACAAACACACACACACACACACACACACACACAGAGAGAGAGAGAGAGAGAGAGAGAGAGAGAGAGAGAGAGAGAGAGAGAGAGAGAGAGAGAGAGAGAGAGUUGGAUUUAACAUGACACGAUAUAAGUUUGACGUAAUGUAAGACGGCAUAACGUAUAUUGACAUAAUGCUGAGUUAACACUGUCCAUACUGUAAAGUAACAACAUAUGAUUUUAGCAGUCUCGUGAAAUAGUCUUUCAUAUUUAUCAGAUUUUGUCAUAGAUGAAAAUGUGUGAAUUUGCAUUUUUUUAAAUUGUGCCCCAGUCGUGAUCAUUCAUAAAUAAAAUACCCGUAGUGCAAUUCAAUGAAAUAUAAACAAUAUUUUUAAAACGUUUAUGUUUAGAUCAACAUGGUAAAAUUCUUAACGUUUCGUCAACAGAAGUUAACAUCUUCAAGAAAAAACUAAGUCUAAAACAGGAGAGCAGGAUUAAAAACUAGGAAUAUUAAAACAGUUCAAAUGAAGAACUAAAGUUGAAAAGAACUUUAAGUAGCCUACAGGCUUUUUCCUCUUAUCAUAGAUGUGUUCACAGUCAAACGUAGUAUUAUUUAUUUUUAUACCAAUGAAAAUUUACUAGUGUGUGUUGUUUAUAUAUAUAUACAUGAAUAUAACAUCAUUAACUUGUAGUGUAUAUAACCUAGAUAACCUAUAGUAAUAUAUUCUCAAUAUCUUCAUUAAGAGUUAUACCCAAGGCAUGUACUUAGUAGGUUUGUACGGUUGUUUGUGAACGUUAUACACGCGCGUGUAAUGUAUGCUGAAUGUAUGGAUGUCGAUAUUAUGAUAAUAAAAAAUAUUACAUCAAA